AAGGCCAGACUUACAGUCCGAGCCAUGCUAGUGACAGAGGUAGAGGCUCAACAUGUUGCUGCUGUCGUUGUUGUCGUUGGUUGUAGUGGCGUCUGUUGAUGGCGCGGGGACCGUUAACUCCGAGGCCCUCAACAUGUACAAAAGUACGUUUAAAGGCGAUGGUACUUACUAUGGCAGCUCUGGUGGUGGUGGCACGUGUUCAUACGGGGUACAAAACCCACCUGCAGCCAGCGGGACAAAGUACCCCGUGGCUCUCAACAGUCCUCAGUUUAUGAACUCUGUCAUGUGUGGGUCCUGCUGGAGGGUGACUGGGGCUGGGACUGGAUCAGGCCACAGCCCAAUAACAGGCACAUUCACGGUCUUUGUGGACAACCUGUGCCCUGAGUGUCACGCCGGGGACCUUGACCUGGGUGUGAGCGGUGACGGCCGUUGGGACAUCACCAUUCAAGCUGUCCAGUGUCCGGUGGGGUCUGGCAACGUGCAGUUCAAGUUCCAGGGUUCCAACCCUUAUUAUGUGAAGCUGCAAGUCCGCAAUGCUCGACUGCCCGUGCACGUGAUGGAGAUCGAGCAGGGCGGAAGUUUCCACGCCAUGACGCACACGGGCGACGGCUUCUUCCUGUACAAUGGCGGCCCCAUCAGCGGCGCCUUCAGGGUCCGACUGACGGCAGUCAACGGCGCGCAGAUCACAGACACCAUCAGUGGAAUCGUGAACGACCAGAUCCUGUCGGGACAGAACCAGUUUCCCUUGGACAGCAGCCUGCCCAGCGCCUGAAGCACCAAAAGCUUCAGUGACUCAGUGGAGGAGCUUCUCUGGUUUCUUCCACACGAGACUGUUUGACUGACUUAUCUUUCCCAGGGUGUCAUGCAAAAAUAAAGACCUCCCACAGAUG